GGACGUUUCAGAUGGUCUCAUCACAUUCUUCCAUAAUCACAAACAACACUUUCUAGAUUACAUUUUACGGUUUCUUGCAAUCAAAAAAAUCUUCCGAUGACGACGAGCGAGAUGGAGGUUGAGAAUACUGCUACGAUCGAAGUAAACAACGAUGUGGAGGAGACGGUGACGGAGGCGGCCGUCGAGAAGAAGAAACCUGCAGCGAAGGUUCGCAAAUCGAAGAAAGUUAAGGAAGUGAAGGAGAAGAAGGCUUCCUCCGCCGCUGCUCCGAAGAAGAGAACCGUUUCAUCUCAUCCUCCUUACGAAGAGAUGAUUAAGGAUGCGAUUGUUACGUUGAAGGAGAGAACUGGAUCUAGCCAAUACGCGAUUCAGAAGUUCAUCGAGGAGAAGCGUAAGGAGCUUCCACCAACGUUCAGGAAGCUGUUGCUGCUUAACUUGAAGAGACUUGUUGCUUCUGGGAAGCUCGUCAAGGUCAAAGCCUCGUUUAAGCUUCCGUCUGCAUCGGCGUUGGCUAAGUCAUCAUCAUCACCUCCUAAGGCAGCGGCGGUACCAGCGAAGAAGAAAUCUACCACCGCGGCGGUUACAACCAAGCCAAAGGGAAAGGUCACGGCGGCGUCUUCCAAAUCUAAGAAACCGACGGCGGUUAAACCUAAGACAGCUGCUGCGAAGAAAGUGACUACCAAGGCUAAAGCUCAGGCUAAAUCCACUGCUGCACCUAAGAGGAAAGCUGUUGCUGCGAAGCCCAAGCCUACCAAGGCAGCGAAAACGGCUAAGGUUACAUCCCCGGCGAAGAAAGCUGUUGCUGUGAAGAAGACGGUGGCGACAAAGAAGAAGACCCCGGUGAAGAAGGUUGUGAAGCCAAAGACGGUCAAGUCUCCAGCAAAGAGGGCUUCCACAAGGGUGAGGAAGUGAAAUUAGGGUUUCUUAGGUAGAAGAAAGGGCUAAUGAUAGAUGGUUAGUUUUGUAUAAUUCAAUGAUCCUUUUAUGUGUGACUUCUUUGCUUUUUUCUUUAUCUCAGUGUUCUUUCUUGUGUAAUUCAAUGGCUCCUUGAACUGCUAUCCUUUCAAUAUCAUAUAUAUAAAGAUAAAUCUGUUUUCA